AUGAAGAGACAAGGAAACAUCAGAAAGCCUCAGUUUCCUCGCUUGGGCAUGACGCACUUCAUAGGUCUCUUUUUCGCCAUCUCUUAUUCGUAUUCUCUCUUGUUUCAUUUGUUCGAAAAAAAAAACCAAAAAACCAAAAAAAAAAAAACACAAACAAAAAACCAGCAACAAGAAAACGCUGUCAAUCACUUUCAUGCAUUACUCACUUUUAUUCUGUCUCUAAUUCACUGUGUUUAUAAACAUGCCUGUCCAUAUCUAUCUAUCUAUCUAUCUAUCUAUCUAUCUAUCUAUCUAUCUCAGUCUGUUCAUUGUCUAUCUGUCUAUCCGAGUCUGUUCAUUAUCAAUCUAACUCAGACUGUUCAUAUCUAUCUAUCUAUCUAUCUAUCUAUCUAUCUAUCUAUCUAUCUAUUCAUCUAUCUAUCUAUCUCAUCUGUUCAUUAUUCAUAUCUAUUCAUUCAUCUAUUCAUUCAUCCAUCUAUCUAUCUAUCUAUCUCGGUAUGUUCAUUAUCUCAUCUAUCUAUCUAUCUCAAUCUGCUCAUUAUUAUCUAUCUAUCUAUCUAUCUAUCUAUUCAUCUAUCAUCUCAAUCUGCUCAUUAUUCAUCUAUCUAUCUAGCCAGGCUAGCUAUUAAAACUGUUCAUUAUCUAUCUCAGUUUGUUCAUUAUUCAUCUAUUCAUCUAUUCAUCUAUUCAUCUAUCUAUCUACUAUCUAUCUAUCUCAAUCUCCAUAUGGAUAUCUAA